AUGGCGUCCGCCAAGCUCAGCGUUCUGCCGUCCUUGAGGAGGCAGCAUCUUCUGGCCGAAUUUGCCGGUCUGAAGCAGGCAUGUCCUGAAGGCAUCUUCGUCAGCCUCACCCCAGGAGAUCCCAGCCUGUGGUCCGGGGUCCUCUUUGUGCGCGAUGGACCCUAUGCACCAGCAGUCUUGCGAUUUCAGAUAUCAUUCCCUGAUGCAUAUCCUAGACUGCCACCUCUUGUCACGUUCUCAACUGACAUGUUUCACCCACUCGUCACCCCUCUGACAACAUACAUGUACACCACCGAUAUCCAGGACAAUGGGACGGUAAGCGCGACAGAUGAGGAACGCCUUCCGCCCGGCGGCUUCAGUCUUCGCCACGGCUUUCCGGAUUGGUAUGGCCGGCGAGUUAAAUCCGCAGAUGCUGUGUCUCAAUCGAUCCAGACUCCGCCACGUCAACUUGCCCCUUCCUUGGAGAGCGGCAAGACCUCGAGCUCCAAGAAUUCGGCAGUAGGUGGCUCCCCUGUGUACACAGAUACGAGCCGGAAAGAGACGUCCACAUUCGAAGUGCUUGGAUACAUACGUAGCACGUUUGAUGAUGAGGAUGUUCUCGACUCCAUACCUUUAGAGGCAGCCGGUAACCCUGGAGCGUGGCAUGCAUGGCGAACUCGCCAACGAAGUAAUGGCAAAGUAUUUGCAGACAACGACCACAGCGAGGACAGCACGCCCACGCCAGCUGGCGCUUCAAAGAAACCCGGUGAAUGGAAUUGGGAAGGCGUAUGGGAGGAAAGAGUCAAGAAGGGUAUCGCAGCAAGCCUGUCAGAAUCAGUGCUGUACGGAGGGGUAGGAGCUGGAGAGGACGUGAUCCAUUUUCUCAGCAUGGAAGAGAAUGACAUCGAGGCAGUCAAGGGCAAUCUACUGAGGACACUUGGACAUACUCCAUCAUGA